UUUAUUUGAAACUGCAAGCUUAAAUUAAAUGCACUUUUCAGAUGUAUUAGAAGAUCAUGCUAAAUUAUGUUUAUUUCCAUGAUCCAGCGACGGACCAAUCCAGAGGACGGCAUCUGCGUCGCUAAGAACCAAUCACAACGCGGGUCAUUUAAAUGCUGCAUGCGCCUGCAAAGCUUGAGCACAGCUGAUUACAUGUACAUAUACAUGGUCAAUUGGCAUGACUGGUUACGAUUUUUUCGAGCGUGAAAAGUAAAUGCCGCAAUGACGCAUCUCAACUUUGACAAUGACAUCAACAGCCUCUUGAGGCUGGACGGACCCACGGGUGGCCCAGCCAUGCGCUGGCAGCGUAAGACGACUGAAACAUCCAUGUGCAACACCUCCCUCAACAAGAGCCUCAACAAGAGCCUUAACCGGAGCCUAAGUAAAAGCCUAGGCAACGUGAGCGGCAUCUCCCCCAUGAAGGGGGCCAACCACUCCUUCAGCAGGAGCAGGACGCCCUCAAAGUCCAAGACGCCCAGCGGCAAGAGAUCCAAGACACCAGGCAGGACUCCCUCCAAGGUACCCGUUGGAGACCGCUUCAUACCCAACCGUAGCGGCACCAACUUUGACGUCAGUGCUUUCAAGCUCCUAAACUCAUCUGUCUCCAACCAGGAGAACCAGGAGUUGCAGAGCCCCCAGAAGAUCGACUACUGCAAGACCAUGUCGGACAACCUGAACGGUGACCUGCUGAAUGCCAAGAUUCUGUCUUACAAGAACAGGCCACCGGUGGCUCCUGAAGGCUUCCAGAACAACUUGCGAGUCCUCUACAGCCAGACCAAGACGCCCGGCUCCUCCAAGAAGUCGACGAGACACAUACCCCAGGUCCCAGAGAGGAUUCUGGAUGCGCCAGACAUGCUGGAUGAUUACUACUUGAACCUGAUCGACUGGAGCAUCCACAACCACCUCGCGGUGGCGCUGGCCAACAGCGUGUACCUGUGGGACGCCAGCAGCGGCAGCAUCAACCACCUGAUGCAGCUGGAGGGGCAGGAGGACUACGUCUGCUCGGUGUCGUGGGUGCAGGAGGGCAAUUACCUGGGGAUCGGGACCAGCAGCGGCGAGGUCCAGCUUUGGGAUGUGGCUGCUACCAAACGGUUACGUAACAUGCUGGGUCACGCUGCUAGAGUGGGUUCCCUCGCCUGGAAUAGCUUCAUCCUCAGCAGCGGUUCACGCUCGGGGGCCAUCCACCACCACGACGUCCGGGUCCAGAACCACCAGGUGGCUACCCUCACGGGCCACACCCAGGAGGUGUGCGGGCUGAAAUGGUCGCCUGAGGGCCGCUACCUGGCCAGCGGGGGCAAUGACAACUUGCUGAACAUCUGGCCGGCGGCAUCGCACGGCGACCCCACCACGCCGGUCCACACCUUCACCCAGCACCAGGCUGCUGUCAAGGCCCUGGCCUGGUGCCCCUGGCAACCCAGUGUCCUGGUCAGUGGAGGAGGCACGGCAGACAGACAUCUGCGCUUCUGGAACGUCAACAGCGGCACUUGCCUGAACAGCGUGGACACAAAAUCACAGGUGUGUGCCGUCCUCUGGUCGAAAGAGCACCGGGAGUUGGUGUCGGCCCACGGCUUUGCCCAGAAUCAACUCAUCAUCUGGAAAUACCCCACCAUGAGCAGAAUAGCUGAGCUCCUCGGUCACACGUCACGCAUCCUGCACAUGUGCAUGAGUCCCGAUGGCACCACAGUAGCCACGGCGGCCGGCGACGAGACACUACGGUUGUGGAAGUGCUUCCAGACCGACCAGCAGCGGAAGACGGCCAAGAAGAGCAGCACGUCCAGUGGCCCGUCUAGCGCCCUCAAGCUACGGCAGAGCAUUCGUUAGGACAGUGUGCGCGUCGACCCCAAAGGGGCUCGGUGACAGUGGAUGUGAACAGCGCUAUGCAUAACACGCUUGCAUAAUACAAGCCUGAUACAUAACAUUAAUAUAUUUGUACAGUGUAGCUUUGCUUCCAUUUCCUGGCUUAACCCUAAACCCUCCAGGGUAUUCUGGCUAGAAACCCUGCCACGCACAUCGGUCCGCACCAUCUGUCAAAGUGGCUUGCCGCCAAGGGUAUCGAGAUCCAACAGGUCAACUCUCCCCAAGGCCAAACAGACUAGAAGUCUGUGGUCGACGGUCCCCACCAGUUCCAUGGGAACUGGUAAGCAGAUUCGGGCAAGCUGAACUGACGAAGGUACACAGUUACCGAAAGCUCGGCAACAAGAUAAACUAAGUCCACUGCUUGAAGAUAAAUUGGUCAUCACUCCCGCGCUCCUUGGAAUGCAGAAUAAUACAGUGAGAACACAAAAGCACUACUUUAUUCUGUGUUCCAAUCGCACUCUCAUAAUAACUCUUUUCCCCAUUUUCUUACUUUUUAUGUCUAAGAAUGGGGGUUCAACCCCCCCCCCGUCCACACCUGCAUUGUUUCAGUCACUUUACUCCCUGAUUUAAAUCAGCACCUCACAUGUGUGACCUGGCACGACAAAAUGAGCGUGAAGUCGCAUUCUGCUCUUUCCGGUUUUGAGGGUUCAAAGUCAAAUACUGAAGCGGAGGUCAAUUUUGGCAUUUUGUAAUAUUUUGAAAGAGUAACCCCUCCAUUUAAUGCCAAUUUUGUCAGCAAGUAAUCACUGUGCAAGACCUUUUACAUGCAGCUCCAUAAUCUUAAAACCCUUUCGUUUUAUUUUUGUCAGUAACGUAAUAACUUGUGACCAGUUGUUGUUUCCACUUGCAUACAUUUGAAAGUGCUUUUUUCUUCAUCUUUUGUAAUAACUAAGAUCCUACAAACAUAUUUCCCGUGAACAUGUGGUCUUCAGAUUGCAUAAGCACGCACAUGUAGUUUAGAAUACGUAUUCUUUCCCUAUUUUCACAACAAAAUGUCCGGCUUGUGUGCGGCGCGUCAAUCUAUUUUUAAUGCUUUUCGCGAAACGUUCACCUUGUCACUGAAAUCACAGAGCAAGGAAGGACUGUGCUCUCUAUCUACACACAGCUUUAGCUGCAGCUCUACGCGUUUUUAUUAUUUGCACCAUCAGAAGGGCAGAUCCAUUCACAGCUUCAUGUUUGUAGCUUUUAUAAUCGAAGCUGGCCUGAUUUUUAGUUUAUGCUGUAUACAUGUACAUGUAUUCUAAACCAACUUGUACAUAAUGUAAAAGACUACAUUAAAAAAUUGCACAGUGCAAUUCUACAUGCAUA